UGUUGUCCAGGUUGGGAAGGACGUAUCUGCGUUGUGAAAAAUCACCACAGAUUCACAUAGCAGAAAUAUGAAAUCAAAGACCUGAAUACAUUGGCUAUACGUGUUGAAACGCUGAUAAAACCUCAACAUGGCAAGACUUAAAUAUGCCAGUGACAUGGACAAAUCAGUCCUCUUGAACAACUUCGAAACUCGGGGAUGGGUGCCCGUCGGUCCAGACGAUGAUUGGAAUUUCUAUUGGGCAAACGUACAAAGCAUAAGGAAUGUCUUCAGCAUAGACUGUGGUUUUCGCCUCACUGACGACCAGGUGAUCAGCCAUUUUCCAAAUCAUGUUGAACUGACCAGGAAAGAUUUGAUGGUAAAGAAUAUCAAGAGAUACAGAAAGGACUUGGACAAAGAAGGCAAUCCUCUGGCAGAGAAGGACGAAAAUGGCCGUUAUAUUCAUCUUGAUUUUAUACCCCAGACGUUUAUGUUGCCGGCAGACUACAAUUUAUUUGUAGAGGAAUUUAGGAAGAAUCCAAACACCACAUGGAUCAUGAAACCCUGUGGAAAAGCAAGGGGAGUUGGUAUAUUCCUGGUAAACAAAUUAUCCCAGUUAAAGAAAUGGUCAAGAGACAGCAAAACCAGCAACUUCACACCUCCUACUUCUAAGGACACGUAUGUCAUCUCAAAGUACAUUGACAAUCCACUUCUGAUUGGUGGAAAAAAGUUUGACCUUCGUCUUUAUGUCCUUGUGACUUCAUUCCGACCCCUCAAAUGUUAUCUAUUUCGAUUAGGAUUUGCCAGAUUCUGUACUGUAAAGUACAAUGCCAGUAUAAAUGAACUGGACAAUAUGUUUGUUCAUCUCACCAAUGUUUCUAUCCAGAAACAAGGGGAUGAUUACAAUAAUGUUCAUGGAGGAAAAUGGACUGUGCAAAACCUGAGAUUGUUUUUGGAAGGAACAAGAGGAAAAGAGGUCACAGACAGACUCUUUGAUGAAAUGCAAUGGCAGAUUGUCCACUCUUUAAAAGCUGUAGCUGGAGGCAUUUCCAAUGACAGACACUGCUUUGAGUGCUAUGGAUAUGACAUCAUCAUUGAUGAUAAUUUGAAGCCCUGGCUGAUUGAGGUGAAUGCCUCCCCCUCUUUGACUAGCACCACCUCCAGUGACAGAAUCAUGAAGUAUAAACUCAUCAAUGAUGUCAUCAACAUUGUCAUUCCACCUGGACAAGUACCAGAUGUAAGGUGGAACAAGAUACCUGCAAAGGAGCACUUGGGAAACUUUGAUGUUCUAUAUGAUGAAGAAUUAGCACAGCAGGAUGUAAUGGGAGGCGAUCCAAGAAAACUGGGUCCUGGAACAUUCAGAGGAAAAAGGGAUGGAAGUCGCCCAUCACCCGCUACAUGGAAAUGAUUGUACAGCAAAUACAUGUAUAUCAGAAAUCUGGUCUGCCGUGAUGGACCGUUGUUGAUUCAAUACAUGUACAUAUAUGUUUGAACAGAUUGAGAACAGUGGUUACUGUUUAGGAAAUUUUGGCUUCAGCACAGAAAAAAUAAAAAUAUCAAAAUCUUGACUAGAGUGAAAGAAAUCUAGAGUAGAAUACAGAAUCAAUCACCUUUUUUUAUCCAUUGAUUUCUGUAAUCGACAAUAGAAAGUCCAUAUCAACUCUCCAAGUUGGGUGAAUUAAGUUUUUGGAUUUUAUGAAGUGAUAAGGCAACUGUGAUAUUUUUCAUUAAAAUGUAUUACAUUAUUGUAUUCAUGCAUCUAUAAUGCCGUCCAGUUGGAUAAACAAGGGCUGUAAAAUGAAUUUACACGUAAUGGAGGAAAAAGGAAAUUGUCAGACUGUGCAGUGUCCUGGCUACUGAUCAGGUUAUUUGAUGUAAAGCUGAACUGAUUUUGCGCCCAACAUGUUCAGAUAAUGUUGACGUAGUAGAUAUGGAUCUUUAUACAUGAGGUAUAUCUUUGUUAAUGUCUGCAUUAUUAAAAUUUAUUUAUUUUUGUUUUACUUUAUAUGAAUGAAUUUCUUUGUAUGCAUUUCUUAUAAUUUUAAAUGUAAAUAAAUAAGCAAGUGUGAA